CCAGAAUAGAGCGUGGGACAGGGCUGUGCCCCAUACAGCUGGCCUGGCCUCAUGCCUGGAACUUCAGCCCAAGGACAAGGAGAUCCAUAAAGCCAGGCCCAUCUCAGCCUCAACGCCUGCCACAAUGCUGCUGCUCAGUCUGACCCUUACUCUGACCCUGCUCGGCUCCUCAUGGGGCUGUGGCAUUCCUGCCAUCAGACCGGCACUGAGCUUCAACCAGAGAAUUGUCAACGGGGAGAAUGCAGUGCCAGGCUCCUGGCCCUGGCAGGUGUCCCUGCAGGACAAGAACGGCUUCCACUUCUGCGGUGGUUCCCUCAUCAGCCCGUCCUGGGUAGUCACUGCUGCCCACUGCAAUGUCAUCCCUGGCCGUCAUGUUGUCGUCCUGGGCGAGUACGACCGAUCAUCCAACUCUGAGCCUUUGCAAGUUAUGUCCAUCUCGCGGGCCAUCACACAUCCAUAUUGGAACCCCACCACCUUCAACAAUGACCUGACACUACUGAAGCUUGCCUCCCCAGCCAAGUACACAGCACGCAUCUCACCAGUUUGCCUGGCUUCCCCAAAUGAGGUGUUGCCUACAGGCAUCACGUGUGUUACCACUGGCUGGGGCCGCCUCAGUGGCACAGGCAAUGUGACCCCAGCACGCCUGCAGCAGGUGGCCUUGCCCCUGGUCACUGUGAGACAGUGCCAGCAGUAUUGGGGCUCCCGUAUCACCGACUCCAUGAUCUGUGCAGGUGGCUCAGGGGCCUCCUCGUGUCAGGGUGACUCCGGAGGCCCUCUUGUCUGCCAGAAGGGGAACACAUGGGUGCUUACAGGCAUUGUCUCCUGGGGCACCAGCAAUUGCAAUGUGCGCGCACCUGCCAUGUAUACGCGGGUGAGCAAGUUCAGCACCUGGAUCAACCAGGUCACAGCCCAAAACUGAGCCUACCCACAGGCUACUUCCCUCUUAAUCCAAUAAAGA